AUGAUCAAAACAAAGGCAAAAGCACCUGUUGUGGUGAAGCCAACAGUUCGAAACGUGCUUGUACAACCACAAAUACCGCCUCCGACGCCGCAAACUAAGCAAAAUCCACAAAAUCCGCCGCCAGUGAAACCUCGCAAGCCAGUUUCUGUGAAGCAAAACGACGAAGUGAACAAUAACAUCGUGAAGAAACUCGUGAACGGUUGCAUUAAUCGGACCAAAAUCAAAAUUGACGCUGAAAAUUCCGUCAAUAUCACGAGCGGGACCAAAAUGGCGCUUUUAUGGAAUGCCAGCGGAUGGAUUCGCGUGUACCUGGGCACAGAUCGGAGUGACAUCUCGCUCGAAGAUCCGAAUAAAAUGGUGCAUAUUGGCAGCGAAUCGACCACAUAUGAUGUCGUCAAGGACAUGGAUAUACCCGAAGACUACACUUUGUGGAUCCAAACGGGCGGUUCGCGUGUUCGACGAUUACGAGAAGACGAACAUCCAUUACGGAUACAAGAAGAAUUCCUACAAAAAAUGGGAAUUAUUGAGAUUUCGCGAAGAGCUCGUUUGGGAAUUGAUCCCGAUUUCAAGUAUAUCUUACGGUUUUUCAUCGGGCCAACUGAACCGCCGCUCUGUGGGCAUGCAACGCGUUCGGGAAGCGUCGAACUUCUCAAGGGACUUGCUUUUCCGCAGUGGCAACGUCGAUCUGUGGCGAUAAUUGGAUCGAAAUUCAUCAUUUUUCCCCUGCAUCCGGGACAGAAUCCUGAAUUUUAUGACUUGACAGGUGCGGGAAUCUUUGAGCACACGCCAAAUUACAACAGAUUGAUCAUCAAAAUUGUGCCGCAAACGAAGCGAAGCCAUAUGGAGAGAGAUCAAAGUAACGGAAUGGGCGAGAAUUUGGAUGAAAUUAGUGUUUAUAAUAGCAGUGAAAGUGUGGAAAAUGAAGAAAUGGCGAAUGGACAAGGCACGGUGCUUUUUAUGGGCUUCGAGGAUUCGUGGGAACGGGAUUUGUGGAGUCAAUGGCUCAUUGAGUCAACCGUUGAUACAUCGACGCCAAAACGCAUGGAUAUCACAAAUUCGGGUCUUUGUGCGAUUCCCGAAGUCAUCUUGAAGGGCAUCGACACCAUCGAAGAACUCUCGGCGGGCCAGAAUCAACUUCAGGAAAUCGCUUUGACUGCCUUGAGCAACUUUAAGAACUUGCGAGUGCUGCAUUUGCCGCGAAAUGGAUUCAAAAAGUUCCCCGAGCCGCUGUUGGAUUGCAAAGGCUUGCAAAUUGUGGAUUUGGCAGAUAAUGGAAUCGAUAAAUUACCGGAGAGGAUUUGCACGUUGAAGAAAUUAGAAGAACUCCGUUUGGAUCGCAAUGAGUUGUCCAUGCUACCAAAUACACUGAAGGAUUGUCGAAAUUUGGUGACUUUGGAACUCUCGAAUAACCGUUUGGAGAAAUUGCCGCCAUUUAUGUUGAACAUUAAGCAAGUUUCUGGAAAGGAAAAUGGUAAAAACGGGAUGGUGAGUGAAAUAAAAAAUGGACAAGAUGAAAAUGUGAAUCCGCCGUUGACGAGGGUGAAUUUGCGGAGUAAUCGUUUGAAGGGACAUAUUAUUUUGGGGAAUUAUGGAUUCCUCACACAACUAGAUGUCAGUGAAAACUCCAUAGAAACCUUAGAUUUAUCCGCCUUAGAUAGUCUUGAGUCCCUCCAAUGCUCACGAAACAAAUUAUCAGAGCUCAUAUUAAAUGGUCGUGCCUUGAAAUCUCUUAUUGCUGGAAAUAACAACUUAAAACUGCUGAAUAUCUCACCUCCCCCGAUGAAUUUGAAUCAUCUCGACCUCAGUUACAACCAACUUGAGCAACUCCCGCCAUGGCUAAGUGAAUGUCAUGAAAUCGGAAUUUUCUUCGCCAACAACAACCAGAUCUCAUCUCUUCCGGAAAACUUUUUUCACUUCAGCAGCGACACACUUCACACGCUACAGCUUGGCUACAAUAAUUUAUCAACGUUACCUGCCUUGCCAAAUCGAACAUUAGCUCUUCGCGAGUUAUUUUUGCAAUCAAAUAAGAUAAUCGACCUGCCAGAGACAUUUUUCGUGUAUUGCGAGAAUUUAUCUUUGCUGAAUGUCUCUUCCAACAAGUUGCUGACACUCCCAAUUUUGGACCACAAUCGAUGUUUGCUUGAACGUGUCUAUUUAACGAACAAUUCCUUGACUGAUCGAGUGCUCGAUACCAUCACCUACUUCUCAAAUCUCAAAAUUUUGCAUGCCGCCUAUAACCGGAUAACAACUUUGCCCGAAAUUUGCAUCGCAAACUGGACCGAAAUUGAAGAACUUGUUUUGUCGGGCAACCGUUUACAGCAUUUGCCCGAAAAUAUGGCAAAUUUGCGUCAUUUGCGUGUUUUACGCGUGCAUUCGAACCAACUUCAGAGUGUGCCUGCCCUUGCGAAGACCCAAACUUUGCGGGUUCUUGAUUUGGCGCAUAAUCAACUCGACAAAAUCAAUUUGGUGACUCUCGUGCCGAAAAAUUUGCAAUUCCUGGACUUGUCGUGCAACGUGCAGCUUCAAGUUGAUCCGAAGGAGCUUCAAGCAUGUCGCAGUCAACGUCCCAUGAGUCUCGUGGAUGUCUCGGGGAAAAAUCGUGCCUCACUUCCGGUAGCGCCGUCAGUUAAAAACGAACCAAAAGACGUCGAACCCCCAUGGCAAGUUGGAUUUUCCGAAACUCCCGGCAAUUGCGCGAAAUUGUACAUCUCCCAGUUGCGACUUCCGAGUUUUUGUAGCAGCGAAGGCCUCUUUGGAUUGUUCGACAGUGACCAAAGUACCGUUUUGCCCAACAUCAUGGUGAAAUGCAUCCCGAAAAUCCUGUUGGAAGAACGAACUGUCAAAGAAACCGCCAUCGAUUACAUGAAAUACACGAUGUUAUCAGCGCAUCGCGAACUCAAACAACAAGGACAGAAACAGGGCGUUUGUGCAACUUUAUGUCACAUUUCUCGCAGCAAGUACAACAACAACGAAAUUAUGAGUUAUUAUCAAAAUCCUGCGGGAGGACGUCGUUUUAUUUUACGAACGGCGAACGUUGGCGACUCUGAAGCGGUUCUUGUGCGACAAAAUGGCGUCUUGAAACUCACAAAAGUGACAAAAAAUCGAAAAAUCGGUUACAGCGCUUCAUAUCCGAUAAUUUUACCUGAUCCGGAGGUAUCUGAAAUUGCCCUCAGCGACGCCGAUGAGUACCUUAUAAUCGCAAAUCGUAAAUUAUGGGAAGUAAUGAGUGCCGAAUCGGUUGCUGAGGAAGUCCGAAAAGAAACAAAUGUGAUUUUGGCGGCAAAACGCAUCCAAGAUAUCGCUCAGAGCUACGGGGCGGAAGAAAAUGUGAGUGUCUUAAUUGUAAAAUUCAAUAAUUUAGGCACCGACAUUGAUCAACUAAUGCGAGAAUUGCGUCAAACGAUCAGAAAGAAGCCUCCAGGCACGUUAAUUUCCGGUUUUUGCAAGUGCGGAUGUUGCUGCGAGUCAAAUAACAAUUGUUGCCAUUCGGGAGCAAUUGAUCCGUUCAUCAGGCAACCAAGUGCUCGCAGUGAUCGAUCAUCGCCGAGUGGUCAGAGUGACAAUACAGCGGUUGAGGGGCAGUUUAUGAAGCAAAAUGGCAAGUUUGAGGCUGCAACUUUAACUAACAACAAGCAAAAACAAGGAUUUCUCACGAAUGAACGUCGAAGUCUUCGGAGUGGCGUUGCGAGAGCCGUUCGAGCCCGAAUCGAGGAAGAACGAGAACGUGAAAGGGAAGAAACUGACUCGGCAAUCAGUGAGGAGCAGUUUAAAUGUUGGGAAUACAUGUUGGAACAAAAUACCCAGCUACUUUUCGACAAGGAGCUCAACACAAUUUCCAAGGCAUUCACGAAAAAUCCGCAAUCGAGUCUCUUGCGAUCGCAAUUAAAAUCACUUUCUGCCAGUUCGCCGCAACUUCAAGACCCUACAGGGCUGCCGAAUAAAUAUCACACUGUCGUUGCACGUAGCGGCGCUCCAAAUCCCUUCCUUUCGAAGCAAUUUGGCAGUACGAGAUCAUUUCAUGCCGCCGCCGCACCUCAAUAUCGUCCCGGCAAAAUUCCAUCAAUUAAACCCCCCGCCCCAAUACCUCCAGGAGGGCCAAAUGCCGCAUAUUUUGGCUCAAUUCAACGCCUGAUGCCAUACAACCUCGAAUAUGAUUUCACGCCGAGCAUUCAGGAACGCGUUAUGACACUCGAAGACUCGUUGGAGGAGGAAACGGACCGGAUGCAUCAAUAUUGGGGCAUUACGACGACAGAAUUGUGA